AUGUCUAAAUAUGAUUUGCUGGUCUUGAACGGAGUCGUUGUCACGGAUCAAGAGACGGGGAACUUUGAUAUUGCAGUGAAGGAUGGGAAGAUUGCAAAAGUCGUCAUUAGAGGCUCUUUGAACGGCGCAAAGGCGACAAAAACUAUAGAUGCGGAGGGUGGCAUGGUCAUGCCUGGAGGUAUUGAUGCACAUGUUCAUUUAGCGGAGCCUGCUCUGUUCGGAAAGGGACAAAGUGCAGACAAUUACGAGACUGGAACUAGAUCAGCAAUUUCAGGUGGUACAACGACUUUAAUUACAUUCGCUCCUCAAAGAAAAAGUGAGCCUUCUUUGCUUGCGGCACUUGAAGCCACACAUGCUCUCGCACGAGAUAAUUGCUACACGGACUACUCGUUCCAUCUGAUUUGCUCAAAUGCCGGACCCCAAGCAAUCUCCGAAUUCAAAGCUCUGAGAGAAGCAGGUAUAUCUUCCUUGAAAAUCUACAUGACAUAUGAAGCAUUGCAGCUGCAAGACUCAGAGAUCUUGGACGUUUUAUUCGAAGCCCGGAAGCAGAAAAUCGUCACCAUGAUCCAUGCCGAGAACGGUGCAAUCAUCGACUGGACGAUCAAGAAGCUGGAAGAGAAGAAGCUGUUCGCUCCCAAAUACCACGCCACAAGCCAUCCUCCAGUAGCUGAAAUUGAAGCAACCUACCGAGCCGUGUCUCUGAGCGAGUUCAUAGAUGUCCCGAUCCUGAUUGUGCAUGUAUCUUCUCCAGCUGCGGCAAAGCACAUUUCAGAUGCACAGAAAAGGGGACUACCAGUGUAUGCAGAGACUUGUCCACAAUACCUCUUCUUGACUCGCAAGGACUUGGACAAACCAGGUUUCGAAGGCGCAAAGUGCGUGUGCUCUCCUCCACCUCGGGAGGGGGAGCAGGACCAUGAAGGCAUCUGGCAGGGCCUCGAAGAUGGUACAUUUACGGUUCUAAGUUCAGACCACUGUCCAUUCAUCUACGACAAUACGGAAAUAGGGAAGAAGUCAUGCAUCGACUCAGAAUAUCCCAAUGGGCAUUUCAAAUACAUCCCCAACGGAUGCCCGGGUGUAGAGACUCGUCUCUCCUUAGCAUUAUCGGCAAACCGGCUCAAGUUGCAGAAAUUUGUGGAAGUGACAUCCACCAACGCAGCAAAGUUGUAUGGCUUGUAUCCAAGGAAAGGUGCACUGCUUGCAGGGGUCAGUGAUGCCGAUUUGACGAUUUGGUAUCCAGAUGGAACAAAGGAGUUCGAGCUUACCAAUUCGAUGCUGCAUCACAACGUGGAUUACACACCUUAUGAAGGGAGGACUAUGAAACAGUGGCCGAGGUAUACGGUUUUGAGGGGAGAGGUGGUUUGGGCCAAGGAUGAGGGUGGUCUUAUUGCUAGUAAAAAGGGGUUUGGACAGUUCUUGAAACGGGAUGCCAGCUCUCUAGCUGGCAGUCGGAGUCAAGAAGAGUGGAAUGUGGAGAAUUUUUAG